AUGGGUGGUGUGGUUGGACGCGGUCAGGGAGGAGGUGGUGGCAGGGUAGGAGGAGGAAAUGAGGGAGGAGUGGUGAGGGGUAGAGGAGGAGUGGUGAGAGGUAGAGGAGGAGGAUGGAGGAUGGGUGGCAUUGGACGGGGUGGACCAUUGCAGGUGGAGGAUGUUGUUGCCAAGGGGGUUGAGGAGGGAUUAGAUAGUGAUGGAUCUGAGGAGGAGAGUGGUGAUUCUUCUGAUGAGGAUACAGAGUUUGAGGUGGUUGGUGGAGGAGUAGGUUUGAUGGGAUUUGUGGGGUAA